AUGGACUGGGACUCAUCAAGGGAAUACGACUCGCGGACAUUCUCAGAAGACUACAACUUGCAUGGAGCCUCAAGAAGGUCGGAUGACCAUCCAAGCGCGACGCAGGAUGAGCAUGGCUUCCUGCGUGACCUCGGCGGGCACGAAGGCGACGACGACGACGACAGGAGUAUCGAUAACGCAGAUAUGGACCUUAUCGAGCAAAUUUUCGAGGGUAAGCCACCUCGGCAACCUACUUAUCAGGGACGGGGUGGUGCGCGAAGGACGACACACCAGACGGAUGAGAACUCUGUUUCAUCGAUGAUGCGAUACAUGUUGGAGGGAUCACAGGAUCCCGUCGACAUACAAGAGUCACCAGCCUUUGACCCAACACGACUCCACACAGGAUCACAUAACGACCGACAGAUGCCCCUUGGAGACGACGCCAACGAGGACCAUUUACGAGACUGGUCUGGAAGCACACCCAAACGCCAGAUGCGACACACUGGUCCCAAAAAAACGGCGUUACCAAUGUCCAGUAUACCGAUGAGAGCAAGGGCAGGAUCUGGAGCAGGACAAGGAACACCUCCCGUUACCUUUGCAGCCAAGAUCACCACACGGCCCAUCGACAGAAGCCAUACAGACCAGCAACAACAACAGCCCAAGCCUAUUUUCCGAUCUGCGAUGAAGCCACCUAAUGGCAGCUUGGGAGCCAACAGUCUGUUGCCACGCAAACUGGGACGGCAUAUCCAAUUGCCAAGCGAACUUUCUGACGACGACAACAUCAGUGACGAACAACAAAGUGAUCGGGACCUGGAUGAGGAUGAUGAUGAUGACAAAGCGAGCCAGCCCUCACCGACUGCUAUCAACUACACCCAGGAUCAGGAUCCUCCAGAAGCUGAAGAUAUCGCUGAUACUGUGCCUUCCCCAACAGGGACUGUACCAGCGCCAGUACCAGCAUCGGUGCCGGGACCUACACGGUUCACGCGGAUCUCAAAGCCAAACGUGUCCUCUUCAUCGUCCCCUGGAAAGAACCCCAUUGCGACCAUUCCCACUCCUCAGGAUACUCCACAAGAUGACGGGAACGAGGAGGCUCAAAAGUCAGUCAAGGAACUCAAGGCGCUGCUCAAGAGGCUGGGCAUGAUGCCCCUUUCGACCACACUGGACACAGCGCUCGAAGGCCUGGACGGCGCAAUAGUCAAGAAAGGUGGUCUCUGUGAGAUGAUGGGGUUGGUCCAAAAGCUGGGAGCCAUGUGUGAGAAACAAAAAGAGGUCAUUCACCAAAUGACGGAUCAAAUCAUUGCAGGAGAGACUUGUUCUCAGCAACCCGUGGUUGAUUCAGAAGCUGAGGAGAAACUACAGAAAGUGCAUAGGCAGCUGGCUGAUGUUCAGAAUGAAUUGGAGAAGUCGAAGACGGUCAACUACGAACUAGAACUGGAGGUAGACUACCUGCGCCAGACCGCAGAGGAAGAUCGCAACAACAAGGAGGCCGCAGAGCCAACAACAACAGGGGAUAACAACAACCUUGUCGACGCGUCAAGUCAAGUCAGUGGAUCAUGGGCAACCACAGAAGCCGCCGCCGUAUUACUACUCUCAAAGACCAAGCCCAGCAAAGACGCCGAUUCGACAGCAAGCCCCACCCGCUCCUCACCCAAGACAGCAGCACAGCCCUCGUCACCAACACUUGUUUCGUCUGCCGCAUGGCGUGAACAUAUCCAAAAGAUUGAACAGGAAUUGGCGGCGCUCAAGACUGCUCUGGAACCGCAGCGCCCCUCGCUCAUUACUAAUGAGACGCCGCUGAAGGGGAAAGCAGAGGCGAAGGAGGCGGAGGCGAAGUUGCUGUUGAAGGUCGAGGAUUUGGAGGAUCAGUUGUAUGAUGCCUUGUUGGAGAACCGGCGGUUGCAAGUCAAGAUCAAAACCCUUGCUCGGGAGCUCCUCAGCACUAAUAUCGAUCUUGUCUCCGAAGACCAAAAGAACCAGAUGACAAAACACGAAACAACAAUGCUCAAAGACGUCAUGCUCCGUCUAGGAGUCGAAACACCACAACAAGUCAUGUCAGCACUGGACGAGAUCCAACGAAUCCUUCAGGAUGUACCACGCCAACGACGGUUUAUUGCAAAAGCCGAAAAGGUUAUUUGGGAGUCUGAGAUUCAAGAAGGAACAGUCCGAGUACAGCGGCAUCCGCAAAGUGGUGUUGGAGAGGAUGACUUGAAGAAGCUGAAGAGGCAACAGCAGCAACAGUACCAGCAAGGCGAUGUAACGUUGGUGAUGGAUGGUAGUGACUUGCCGAUUAAGCCUGGACGGACGUGUUCGGAAGGAUAUGAGGCGACGUUGCAGAGGUUGAGGGAGUGGAGUGAGUUGUUGGAUGUCUUGAAUCAUGUCAAGUUUGUCGACGACUUUGAUGAUAACGCCACCGUUCUAGCCUAA